AUGUCAUUGCAUAUUGGUAACUUAUCAUCUCACAUUCAUAGAGAUGAACUCGAGCGUGUCUUCCAAAGGUUUGGACGGUGUAGUGUACGGCUGAAAGAUGGAUAUGGGUUUGUAGUAUAUGAAUUCCCUCUGAAUGCAGAAAAAGCUCUGAGAGCACUACACAAGAAGAACAUUUGUGGAGAGCCAUUAACUCUCUCAUGGUCAAAGAAACAGCCUAGACCAGUUAAACGAUUUGCAAGGACUGCAUCUUAUGAGCCACAACGCGGGAGGAAUUCUGAUAGAGGAGGAGAUUAUGUUAAAAGAAAAUCGGGUUUCAAUGUUCAGCAAGAUUAUAGGAUGAGCAUUACUCAAGCAGAUAGGAAUAGCAGAAUGCCUAGUUCUGCUGACAUGUAUGAGGAAGAGAUAGUUAACUGUCAGGAUGACAUUAAAGACCAGACCAACAAAGAACAUCAGGGUUAUAGAGAAGAAGAUGAAAAAGGCAGGGUUGGACCAGACUCAGUAGACAAUGAUAGAUGGGGCGAGCAAUUCCGUGACCCACCAAAUGAAAAUGGGGUAGAAUUUGACAGAUAUGAGCCUUAUGAAGGUUUUGAUUGGAAUAACGAUGAUGAAAAUCUUCAGAAGCCCUAUUCUGGUGGCACUCUUGCUUUACAUAGCUCUCAAGAGAAUGUAAAGGGAGAUUGCAUCAGCAAUGUAACUUUAAACCGUACUAUUGGUGCAAAAUCCCUGGAAACUUGCUACAAAUGUGGGGGCUCUGGUCACAAAAUGCGCAAUUGUCCCUGGGAAAAUGUUUCACGGAAAAAGCUCACUAGGUUUGACCGUAGGCAUACCGAUGGCAUCCAUGGAAGUGGUAGAGGUAAAGGUGAGCUGGAAAAACUUGAAUGCAGGUCAUGGGAAAAGGUCCGGUCAAUUAGAGAUGCUAUACCAGGAAGGAGACUCAAGAAUGAUAAAGAAUCAUCUAGUUCAGGAAGGCACGAAGGAGUGACAAGGAAUGGAAGAUCUGCUGCAGCAAAGGAAACUGCUCAGUCCCGAAAAAGGAACUACACCACAUCUAGAUUGCGCUCGACAUCUCAUUCCUCUAAGUGUAUGCAAAGGUCUCACUCCCACUCUAGAUCAAAAUCAGUAUCUUCCAGCUUAAGGUCUGGUUCAGCAUCACACUAUUCUAGAUCCAAAAGUUCUAAAACUAAGUCAAGGUCAAUAUCUCCUGCAUCCCUAUCCUUGUCUGUGUCACUUGGUCGACCUUUACUGUCCUCUUCAAAUAAGGCACAGUUGAACAUAAAAGACUCAUCAGAUAAUGCUACAACACCUGAAUCGAAGGAGGUUUUGAUUGAAGAAGUGCAACCAGUAGAAGGUGACACUAGCUUGCAGGGUGAUAAACAUGGAUUGAAAAUGGUGGCUGUGAAUAACAAUGUAGUGUCAUCCUUCAAAGCAGAUGAUGAAAUGGAAAACGAUCAGCCUCUUCAGAAGGAUAACAAUGACUGCCUAAUGGUGUCCAAUUCAUUCGACAAAGUAACUAAUUCUAGCACACUAAUACAAUCAGAGAAAAGCACACUUGCUGCUGGAAGUCUUUCUCUGGAACCUGUGUUAGAGAUGGAAUGUCAGAAUUCUAAUGCAUUUGAAAUGGAGCAUGGGCAAGUUCCAUUGAAGAAGUUGGAUCCAGAAGGUCCUGUCAGUUCAUCUUCUUGCCACUCAACAAACAUUUCUGCAGAGGAGUUAAGCAUGGUUCUAAAGCACUAUGGCCUUGAUUGCCAAGAUGAGAACGAAAAGCCUUUACCUGCUGAGGCUUACUUUGGUUCUGCUCGCUUGUGGCCUUGGGAGAUCAUCCACUACAGGAGAUUGAAGAAGGGCCCUAUCUCCAUUGAGAACUAUGCUAGACGAGUUGAUCAAAAUAGGGAAUUUGGUAUUGUCGACAAAUAUAUUAGAAGCAGCAGUGGUUGGGGAGAAUUACACCAAGAGAACCCAUGA